UCAAAGAUUCGUUUGUACGCGACGGCCCGACCUCGACAACUCACGCACCCCUCGUUUUCUCCUUCCCUUCAAAACCAAAACCAAAAACACAAAGAAAAUGGCAAACCAAAAAAAAAAGAAAAAGAAAAAGAAAAAGAAAAAAGAAACAGAGAGAGAAAUAAAUUCGCUCAUAAAAAUUGGCUUCUCUCUUUUCAAACUAAACCAAUUUAUAUUCCUUUAGGUGAUUCUACUUAGAUACCUUUAUUCUCGAAUUUUCAUUCGGAUCUCUCCAUGUUCAGACAAAACCAAAGCUUUCUCCCCCAAUAAAAUCUGGGUCCCCAGCUCCCUCCUUCUCCCAAACUCACCAAUUAAUCAAAAUCACAAAUUAAACAAACAUGACGAUCAACACCCACAAUCAUAAUCACCAUUUCCCUGAAAACAUGCAGCAGUGCCAAGAUCACAUCCACGCCUUAGAAGAAGAGCGUCGCAAGAUUCAAGUCUUCAGCCGCGAACUCCCCCUCUGCCUCGACCUCGUCACCCAAGCGAUUGAGGCAUGCAAGCAGCAGUUAUCCGAUACGACGACGGAGUACAAUCUCAACGCCCAAUCGGAAUGCUCGGAGGAGACAUCAAGCGACGCUCCACUUCUCGAAGAGUUCAUUCCUUUAAAGAGGGGCGACGCCGAAGAGCUUGAAUCUAAGAAGCCACCGCAUAACAUUGCUAAAGAUGCCAAAAUUUGCCAGAAAUCGGACUGGCUUAGAUCUGUUCAGUUAUGGAAUCAAACGCCAGAUCUGCCCUCAGUAGAGGAUUCGCAGGCGAAAGUGGAGGUGAAUAGAAAUGGGAGCGGCGGUGCUUUUCAUCCCUUUAAGAAAGAGAAAAGUCAGGUUGAGACUGCUAAGGCGGCGGCUGUUGCUCCGGCUCCGGUGAAUAGGUCGGUGGCGCCGCCUUCGACGAGCUCCUCGGCGGAUACCGGCGGCGGUGGGGAAAAGAAGGUGGAUAAUAAGGAAGGGCAGUCUCAAAGAAAGGCGAGGAGGUGUUGGUCAACUGAAUUGCAUAGAAAAUUCUUACACGCCCUUCAACAACUUGGUGGCUCUCAUCUUGCAACGCCGAAGCAGAUUAGGGAGUUGAUGAAGGUGGAUGGGCUCACUAAUGAUGAGGUUAAAAGCCAUUUGCAGAAAUACCGUUUGCACUCGAGGAGACCUAGUCCUUCAAUCCAAAACAACAACAGCUCACAAGCCCCUCAAUUUGUGGUGGUGGGAGGGAUUUGGGUGCCACCGGAAUAUGCCGCGAUGGCAGCAACCGCCACGUCCGGUGGCUCCGGGGAGGCGUCAGGGGUGGCCACGUCGAACGGGAUCUACGCGCCGGUCGCAGCGCUUCCGGCGUCAUUCCGGGAGGCAUCGGCCUCCCCGAAGGUGAGGCCACUACCGUCGGAUGACGGUCCAUCCGGCGGUUGCCUCAGCGAUGGCGGAGGACAGUCGCAUUCGCCUGCGACGUCCUCCUCCACGCAUACAACUACUGCCUCGCCAGCUUACUGAUCCUUUUUUUUUUUUACUAUAUAAGUUUGUGAAGAAUUUGUGUAAUUGUAGAAAUAUGUUACGGUGAAACUAUAGAGGGGAAGAAAAUGAGUCGAUUUUUGGGUCA